GUAAUAGAAGCUGAUAAACAUAAAUGACGUUAACUAAUGAAAUCCUUCGUAACAAAUCAAAAUAAACAUUCCCUGGAUACAAUACAAAUGAAAAAUUAUACAAUGCAAAUGGAAAAUAUAGAAUACAAAUGGAAAAUUAUACAAUACAAAUGGAAAUUAUACAAUGCAAAUGAAAAAUUAUACAAUGCAAAUGGAAAAUAUAGAACACAAAUGGAAAAUUAUACAAUUCAAAUGGAAAAGAUCAAAUAUUGCAACGUUUGACAUGCCAUAGAAAACAAAGUCACCCAGUUUUUAACACUCCUUUGAAAUGAAAGAACAUGACCGGGAAGAUUUAUUUUUUUAUUGGCAAAGAGCUCAUUAGUUGUAUUAUGGGUUAUGAAUAUGAAUAUCGUUUUCAAAAAAUCCCUUUAAAGAAAUAACUACUAUGAAAUUAUAAAUUUUUACGUGUUUUCAAAAAUAAAAUCCCCACUGUCAGAUGACUAAUGGGCAAUAAAUAAAUGACGGAAUAUUUAUCUUUAAUUUUCCUCUUUUUUCUGACUGCACGCAAUGCAAGAACUACCCCUGAUAUGAUGUAUAUAUAUCUCCCUCUCUCUCUCUCUCUCACAUUUGCUAUCCACGUAAUGCUGUGCUAGAUAUCAAAACGAAAGUUAUCAUAUCAAGAAAAGACACGCAUAUUUAGUUGGCUGACCUAGUUAUGAAUUCAUAUUGUUGUUGCUGUGGAUAUAGACAGUAAACGAAGCAUAAAGAUGGAAGCUUGGUCUGAACUUCUGCUAACAUUUCUUUUUGUACGCUCAGUUUAUUCCAUGAAACAGCUGGAAGGACCGACACAGUGCGUCAUUAUACAGGAUAAACAACAAUACAUGUUGCCUAAGGUUCCAGAUUUUCUCAUCAACACAGCAGCAGCAGCAGCAGCCUGUCAAAUCAGAAAACAAGAACGAAACGCAUUGCAAUGUGGCCAUAGUGGUGUGUACAUCAAACCCGAGUGUAUCUGCACUGUCUUGAACGUACUGGAGGCCAAGUACCAUAACCGUACUGCCUGUCCUAAAGCCGGUGAAAAAUCGGACAGCGUACCGAAACUAAAAUGUUCAGAUUGUAAAAAGCACAGUGUCGAUAACAAAGGGCCCUGCAUUAAUGGCGGGAAUCUGACCUGUACCAAGGAUGUGUUGGCACCGGAAAUCGCGUGCAAUUGUCCCAAAGGUUACUCCGGAAUGUUUUGUGAAAGUAAAAUGUUACAGGUGGUGAGAAUAUGUGAUAGAAUAACCCAAAAUCUAGAUUUGCGAAGUUGUGACAUAACGAAAAUGGACUGCAUCACCUACAGUGAAAAUAGAAUAUAUACUUUCAAGUGCAAUGAAACUAACUCCGAUCAGAUCCUGAAGAGGGGAGAUCUACCUUUGUGCAGCGAAACAGAGAUAAUUGUGAAAGUCCUGGACACAACCACAGAAAUAGCGUCAAGGCAAAACAUGACCGGAGAUCUAAGAUCUGGUUCCGUUACAUCAGGAGCUGGUAGCUGUACAGCGUCCCUGUCGAUUCUCUUCAUCAUGGUGAAGAGUUUAUUUGUUCUGGUAGAGAGAUGAGAUGGCGUCCAGCAAGGCCAGGAUCCUUUGUCUUUCAUUUUAAAUGGCAAAACUUCAAAUGAUCUCAUUGACCUUUAGACGUAAAAAAUAAUUACAUGGUUCCGACGCCAAAAAGCACGGACGAUUACCGUCGUUUUGAGUGACAGUUACAGUAGCUUAGUACUUCGUUACUAGCUUGAAAAUACGGAUGUAUAUCUAAUUGCUGUGAUAAAAUUUAGAUAUUCAUUUCAAAAUUAAGGAUUAUCUCCCUCAUGCAUAACUCUGAUCCUUAUACGAAUUUGACUCCAGUCUUUGGCACUCUGUUUUUCCUUUUAGUUCUUAAAAGUUUACUGUUAUUUCGGAUUUCAAAAUUUCGGCUUGAGCAUCACUGAAGAGACAUUAUUUGACGAAAUGCGCAUCUGAGGCAUCAAUAUUGGUACCGUAUAAGUUUUACAUUACACAAUAUUUCAAUAUCACCAUCAUGAUAUCAUUCAUAUUCUUUUCUUUUUUUUUUUUUUUACAUAUUAUAUAUCCACUGGACUUACAGGCCACUCGUCCACUAAAAAAUAUUAAAUAUUCCGACUUACCUACUAUAUAUUAUGCCGUAUACAGGUCUACAUUUAUAACACUCACAUUUUACCGCCGCGGUGCCCAAGACGUUAGAACGUUCGCCCCGCAUGCGGAAAGCCGGGGUUCGAAUCCCGGCCGCGACAGACCUAAGUCGUUAAAACAGGUAGUGACAGUUCCAUCGCCAAACGCUCCGCAUCAGGUGUGAAUGUCACGGGUCCUCGGAGAUGACCUUAAGAACGGAUGCCCCGUGUCACUGUUCGUUAUCUUUAUUUGUUCUUUAUACAAAAUUGCCCCAUACUUCUUUUCUUUCAAACACUCAUAAAAUUUAAGGUAAAUCAUGGAUUUUUUGUUUUAAAAAAAAUGUUAACUAUAAAAGAAGCAAUAAUUUCUUCCACUCUCAAAGAAAGAAAUGACAAAAUCUUUUGAUUUAUUGAAUUACUUUUAUUGUAAAAAUGACUACACAGGAGAUAUAUUUCAAGCCCUAUAAAAUCAAGGAGUUUCCACCCGUCCCCCUGACCCCCCUCCCAGCUUCGCCUUGGAUCCACUGGGGGCCUCAAGGCGACCCCCCAAACCCCCUACCUCAUAAAAGUUGCGCCUCCUAAUUCCUAGAUCCACCCCUGAUAUGCACAUUGUAUAUAGUACAUUGCUUGUUAUUACGCUAUUCGUAUUAUACAUGUUUAUAACUUUGUUCCUCCUAUGUUGUUUGAUAUACAUUUAUGAUUUAUAUAUGAAGUUUGUUUUUCUGUU